GUAACAUCAGUGUUUUACUGUUGUGAGACAUUUGCUCCUACACUGGCCCAUCGGUUCGAUCAGGGACAUGUUAAAUCCCAGCAUGUGGCGGACCUCUUUGAUCAUCUGGUUUCUUUGUGUGUUGGUCUGUGAAUGCUUGCCGCUGUCUGACUCAGAUCCUCCCAUGCAUGGGGAGAUCCAGUCCCCCCAGUAUCCACGGCCAUACCCCCCAAACCUACAGGAGCAGUGGGACCUGAGUGUACCAGAGGGCUUCCAUAUACAACUCACCUUCACACACCUGAACAUUGAAACAUCUGGAGGCUGCUAUUACGACUCACUUACAGUUCUUUACAAUGAAAAGGUCCUGGGGAAGUUCUGUGGGAAUGAGAACUCUACUGAUGGUCAUCAUCCAGGCUAUGAGCCCAUUUUCACUCCAGGCAACAAACUCACCCUUAUAUUCCAAACAGAUGACAACAACUCAGAACGCCACCAGAAUGUGGGCUUUUCAGCUCAUUACCAGGCAAUAGACAUAGAUGAAUGUUCUGCACCAGAACCUCAAGAUGGCUCAGGUCCACUCUGCUCUCAGAUCUGCUUUAACACACUUGGUUCAUAUCUCUGUGCCUGUCACCAUGGUUACGAGCUUCGCUCAGACCAGCGCACCUGCAAAUUGUCCUGUGGCGGUGGCAUAUUUAAUGAGCCAGUGGGACAUCUGUUCAGUCCCGGCUACCCGAAUCCCCCACCUCAUGCUCUGUCUUGUCAGUACAUCAUUUCUGUAGAAUCUGGCUUCACAGUGUUUCUUAACUUUUCUGACAACUUCCACAUUGAGAGUAUGGACACUGAGGAAGGUCCAAACUGUCUCUAUCAUUGGUUGGAGGUGACCAUCCAAGACAAAAAGCCCACGAAGCUAUGUGGUGAAACAAGCCCAGGACUCAUAGCUACAAACUCAAACACUGUCAGACUGGACUACCAUGUUGAUGGCCAUGGACUGAGCAAAGGCUGGAGCCUGGACUACAGCACACACAGGGUGACGUGUCCAGAACCCGGUAAUGUAGCUAAAGGCAGGGUCACUCCUUCCUUGACUGAAUAUUUCUAUAGAGACCACAUCUAUGUGCGCUGUGACCAAGGAUACAAGCUGGUUAUGGAAGGUCAGGAGAUUAAAAGUUUCUCUACCAUAUGCCAAAGCAAUGGACAGUGGCACCUCCCCUUACCAGAAUGCCACAUUAUUGAUUGUGGAGAACCUGAGCCUUUGCUGAAUGGAGGAGUCACUUUCCUGUCUGGCUUUCAGAAUCAGUAUCUUUCUGUUGUUCAGUAUCACUGUAAUGAACCAUUUUAUUCUCUACUGGGUGGAAUAAAUGUUAGUUUCACAUGUGAAGCAGAAAGAAAGUGGAGAUCCAACAAUGAUGUUAUUGUCCGUCCAACAUGCUUAGCAGUUUGUGGGCCAGCCAACAGAACACAUCUUUGGCUUUCAGAGGAUUCAUUGGAGGCAGCGACGCUCCAGAACAUACCAUCCCUUGGCAAGUGUUGCUGAAUUCAGAAGGAGAGAGAGGGGGAGGCAUGGUCAUAGCAGACCGCUGGAUUAUGACUGCAGCUCACGUGA